GAGGCACUACUCUAAAGUUCGCACAGAGAAUUCACCGAAGAAGAAGACGAACACGGAAGUGUCUUGCUUCUAAUCUGUACCGUAUAUAUUCAUUUUAUUUGAUACGAAAUGUGUACUGGCUGUGUGCAGAAACAGUAUCCUGACAGGGGUCAUACCUGUCUGGAGAACGGUUCAUAUCUUAUGAACUUUCUCGGCUGCGCCAACUGUCACCAGCGGGACUUUGUGCUGAUCAGCGACAGGACGACGGUGAAUGAAGAUGAAGAGGAGAUUGUCACUUACCUGCAUAUGUGCAAGAACUGUGAUCAUGUCAUAGCCAGACACGAGUACACCUUCACUGUGGUGGAUGACUAUCAGGAAUACACAAUGUUGUGCAUGCUGUGUGGAAAAGCAGAGGAUUCCAUCAGUGUGCUGCCAGACGAUCCCAGACAAACAGCGCCUCUGUUCUAGAGCAUUUGCCCAGACACAAGAGACAGGGAAUUGACUUCUUUGUAAAGAGCAUGGUUAUGCAUGAUGAAGGGAGCCAAGACACAUGCAACAUUUUAUAUACGCUUAGCACUGGAGAGCGACACGCUGUCACGAUCAAUCCAGAACAUACAGCAGAAUUCAUUUUGCUCUUUAUUUCUUUUGUUUCAAGGGAGGCUUUAAGGUUCGCAGCACAGCUCUGACUCAUAAAGACGCGUGAAUUUGAGAGUCAUUCACAAACCUAAUUAGGAAUCGCCUGUUUAUCUUGUGAUCAUCCUGUGUGGUUCACUCAAGAGUGUAUGGAAACCCCCGUUUAUGCCAAAUAGAAUAAUUAAAAAGGUAAUUGCUAAAUUUAAUCUCACAAUUAAUUUUCCUGAAUUUUCAAAGAAUUCACUCAUAAUUGCAAUAACGUUUUGUUUUCUGCUAUGCUAUAAACAAUAGGCACAGUAACUCUGAUUUUUCACAAUUCAGAUGUUUUUUUUUACAUUUUGAGAUAAAGUUACUUUGUCUAUUUUGUUCCACGGCUGAAACAGGCUUCCAUAAGUGUUAUUUAUUUCCCAUGUUAAAUGCUUUCUCUUAUCCCAUCUUAAUAUGCACAAUGUUGUUCUGCUGCAAAAUAUGAGUCUGCAGUAGGAAUAUCCUUGUUUGACUAACCAAGAAAGGUUAGGUUUGAGCGGAUUAGCAGUUUGUUAACCACAGACAGGAUUUUUGUUUCUAUGCAGCUUUAGAUACACACAAGUCAAGACUGAAUUAGACGUUAAAAUGUUUAAAAUGACACACAAGAAAACAAAAAAGAUUCCUGCUUGUUAUUACUGAUACUUACAUUUAACGUAACUGUUUCACUGUAUUUCCAUCGUUAAUGCAACUAAAUAUUUUGUAUGCUUUGUUUAAAUAAACUAUGAAACGAUG